AUGGUUUUUGCGAAGUCUCAGAAGUCGAAGGCUUACUUCAAGAGAUACCAAGUCAAGUUUAAGAGAAGGAGAGAGGGUAAGACUGAUUACCGUGCUCGGAUUCGGUUGAUCAAUCAGGAUAAGAAUAAGUACAACACACCAAAGUACCGAUUUGUUGUUCGAUUUACCAACAAAGAUAUUGUUGCACAAAUAGUAUCUGCCAGUAUUGCUGGUGAUAUUGUUCUUGCUGCUGCAUAUUCACAUGAGCUGCCACACUUUGGUCUUGAAGUAGGUCUUACCAAUUAUGCUGCAGCUUAUUGUACUGGACUCCUCUUGGCCCGUCGGGUUCUUAAGACACUUGAGAUGGAUGACGAGUAUGAGGGGAAUGUUGAGGCUACCGGAGAGGAUUAUUCUGUGGAGCCAGCUGAUUCCAGGAGGCCAUUCCGUGCUCUCCUUGAUGUUGGUCUUGUUAAGACCACAACUGGAAACCGUGUCUUUGGUGCUCUGAAGGGAGCACUGGAUGGUGGUUUGGAUAUUCCUCACAGUGACAAAAGGUUUGCUGGUUUCGAUAAGGAAAAGAAGGAGCUUGAUGCUGAGGUUCACCGCAAAUAUAUCUUUGGUGGACAUGUUGCUGCCUAUAUGAAGACUUUGAAUGAAGAUGAACCAGAGAAAUAUCAGACUCAUUUCAGUGAGUAUAUUAAGAAAGGAAUUGAGGCCGAUGGGCUUGAGGAGCUUUACAAGAAGGUUCAUGCUGCCAUCCGUGCAGACCCUACAAUUAAGAAAUCAGAGAAGAAGCCUCCAACACAGCACAAGAGAUAUAAUUUGAAGAAACUUACCUACGAGGAGAGGAGAGCUAAGUUGAUCACCCGCUUGGAAAAUCUUAACUCUGCUGUUGACGAAGAUGAUGAGGAUGAUGAGUGA